CAGAAAAUAAAGAAAAGAAAUGAAAAAAAAAAAUAAAAUAAAAAAAGAGUAAUACUGUAAAAAAAAGAGAGAGACACUUUACCUUCAACUCGUCUUAACUAUCAACACCUCCAGCACAAAUUGGAUGUCCAGUGACCUCCACAAACUCAGCGUCCAGUAAACCAGUGCUCCCGUGACUCGCCAGCUUAAUGGACAAGUUUUUAAUGAGCUCACCAGCUCAACUAUCGCAACCAUUUGACGUGGGCUCGGGCUCUUCCAGUACCAAACAUCAUAGUAAUCAUAAUAAUAAUUCGAGUCUUAGUCAUGAUAGUGACAAUAGUGCCAUUCUUCAUUUAUCCAAUGUGGAUAUGUUUGAAUCUGGUGAUGGUCACGAUGUUUUACUUCCACCAGAUUUACUCAAUUCCGCUCAAUCGCUAAAGACUACCGAUGAUCUAUCGUUGGACGAAGAUUCUCAUGACUUCGAUCAUGACGAAUUGGUGGUGCCGGUGUCUACAAAUAAUCCCAGUAAUAAACAGGCUAAUUCUUCUUCAUUCUAUUUGGCUGAUACGGACUUUGACUCGGUAAGUCAGUACGAUACAACACUAACCACUAGUGCUGCUACUCAUAAUCUUCAACAGUAUCUGCAACAACAAUUUGUAAAUUCCAGAAAUUUAUACCUUGACGAUGGGUAUGGUUCCCAGAUGAAUUUGGGUGCAGGCUUUCAACAUAAUCACAGUAAUACUCACAACCACCAGUAUCAGUCACAGCCUCGGAUCUCCAAUCACCAGCAGAAUUUAUCUAUAUCUUCAAACUUUUCAGUUAGCCAGGAACCCCCCUCUCAGCAUAUUCCUCAGUCUAAUUCCACCAAUACGCUAUACUCGGUAGAAUCCAUACCUCAGCUUUCAUCGUCGGUCUCUAACCAGUCGUUAUCGGACUCGCCAUCAUCGUUACCGCAGCCUGUUUCUCAGCAGCAACAACAACAACUGCAACAACUGCAACAACCAUAUCAACAAUUUAAUAAUGCCAAACAGCAAAUUAUGGCUACCCCCCGAAAAGGUGGACGCAAGAAAUCACUUUCUGUAUCUUCAACCACUAAUUUAUAUAGCACACCCAUGAGAUUCCCUACUGGUGCUAUGUCGCCUGUCAAUUUGGCCAACCCAUCUCAAACAUCCAAAGUUGGCAAAACUCCAUAUUCUUCUAAGGCUAAGGGCCAUUCAAGAUCAAGAUCUAAAAUGUCCUUAGAUGCUAGUGCCAACUUGGCUCUUGCCACAAGAUCUGCGUCUAUUCAAAACUUGAAUAAUUUAAAUCCCUUUUAUACCCCUUCAUCAUAUAUAUCUCCUCAUCCUAAUCAUAAUAAUCAUAACAAUAAUAUUGAUUUGGAUGAUAUUGGUACUCCUCUAUUAACUCCCAACCAUUUAAGAAACAAUAGCUCAAUGACAACUCAGAAUAAUUCGACAUAUUUUAGUCCUAUUAAUUCCCAUACAAAUACAAAUUCUACUAGUACACAUAUAAAUUCAACUGGUUUGCCAUUUAUACUAAAGAGACAUGAUACUCUUGAUUCUAUAAAGAUAGAGGAUCAAGAUGAUGAUGCACUUAAACAAUUGAAGAAGGCUAAAUCUUAUUCCAGUAUAUCUUAUGCCAGUAGAAGAGCUUCUACAAAGGAUAAGAGUGGUGGUAAUAAUGGUAAUGGUAAUGGUAAUAAUGGUAACAAUUACUUGAAUGAAGGUACAGAUAUAAGUGAAUUAUCAUUGAAUAUUCAAAUCCCUACCCAACAGGAAUUACAACAAGCAGGAAUAGACGAAGCAUCCCUUUAUUCAUCGAAUUCUACUCCAGGAAUCUUCUAUUCUCAGAAUUCUCCUCUGGUAACGUUUGGUCAACCUUUAACUAUUAAUCAAGCAUCGAUUAAAUCAUCAACGGCUCCAGCUUCUGCUCAUGAAUAUGAUUCAAAUAUUUUCAAGCCAAGUAAAGGUAUUGAUCUUUUACUGCCUUCAAUAAUAACUAGUGGGAAUGAUAAUAUCAUUAAUCCAAAGCAUUCGAGUAACCUGCAUCAUUCAUCAUUCACCAAGUCAUAUCCUGCUUCAAUUGACUUGGCAUCUAUUGCUACAUCUCCAAUGAAUGAUAAUGGUAAUGGUAAUCAAGGUACUACUAAUAAUAAUCUAGGUAUGACUGAAAGUAGUAGAGUCUCUAGAACUUCUUCAACUGCAUCUUCUCAAAUAUAUUCCUCAGGAAUGACUCCAUUAACUCAUACCACCACUAAUAAUAGUGUUGGUGGAUUAUUACCUCCUAUAGCUAAUUAUUCCGCAAUCCCCCAACAGGAAUAUUAUAAUAAUUAUUCAAUGUCAUUGGCUGCGAAUGUAAUGACCGGUGCAUCAACAAUGUCACCCAAUGACUCAUCAUCUGGUUUAUCUGCCAAUUCCAAUUUAGAUCGAUUAAUUCCUACUAAUUCUAUGAAGGCAGUUAAACCAAAAUCUAAAAAGCCUGAACGAGAAAUUGAUUUGGCUAAAGAAGCCAAAAAGAAACAUAAGUGUCCAGUAUGUGAUUCUAAAUUCCAACGUCCUGAACAUGUAAAGAGACAUUUGAAGAGUCAUUCUACAGACAAGCCCUUUCAAUGUGAUGAACCUAAUUGUGGUAAACGAUUCAAUAGAAAGGAUAAUUUGAAGGCUCAUCUCAAGAAAAUCCAUCAAAGGACUACUUUUAACAUAUGA